UCGGAGUUUGAACCUGACCAAUAUUUUCUUUUUCUUCAGUAAAUUGAAUCAUUCGUACAUGAUCGAAGAUGUAUAGCAAUUUCAAGGAGCAAGCGAUUGAGCAUUUGAGGCAAGAAGACAACGUUGGUAACUAUGCAAAAGCAUUUACUCUUUACAUGAACGCUUUGGAGUACUUCAAAACGCAUUUAAAGAACCUUGAGAUUAAGGAGGCCAUUUAUCAGACAAUUAACGAGUAUUUGCACCGAGCGGAGGAGAUUCGAGCGAUGUUGGAUGAGAGUGGGACUGGAUCGAGUUCGAAUGGAAGGGAUAUGGCUAUGGCUGUCAAGCCCAAGAUGAAGCUAAAGGAUGGAGAAGAUGGGGAGGAUUCUGAAUUGAGGACCGGGCCUAACUCUGUGGUUAUCAGCAAUUUCAAGGAUCAAGCGAUUGCGUAUGUGAGGCAAGCAGGUAACUAUGCAAAAGCAUUCCCUCUUUACAUGAAUGCUUUGGAGUACUUCAGAGCCCAGUUAAAGUAUGAGAAAGACGACCCUAAGACGAAGAUGGCCAUUUCUCAGAAAUUUGACGAGUAUUUGCACCGAGCAAAGGAGAUCCGGAUGGUGUUGGAUUGGACCGAGCCAAGUCUGAAUGAAGGGGAUGCGGUUGUCGCUACUAGGCCCAAGGAUGGAGAAGAUGGUGAUGAUCCCAACAGUCAAAGUUAAGAGCUGGGCUUAACUUUGAGAUUAUAAGGUAAAGAUUUUAAUGGGGUGGCCACUGGCCAGUUACAAAGUUUUUGUUUUGUAACUGGCAAGCUCAAGUUUUUGUUUUUGUUUUUUUCAACUACUUUCCAUUAUAUUCAUGGAGAUGCGUAGACUGUUAUUAAUC